CCGGCUCUGCGCGCCGGCUUGCCAGCUAGCGCGCCUCCCUCUCUCCUGCCCUGCCGCGAGUGAUCAGCUGGUCUGCGCUUCCCUGACGUGGACCGGCGCACGUCACCGCCGAAUGGCAGCCUCCAGAAAGGCACCGCGAGUAAGGGUUAAUCACCAGGAUUUUCAGCUGAGAAAUUUAAGAAUAAUUGAACCUAACGAGGUGAUACCCUUAGGAGACGGAGGUGUGGAAACAGACAGCAGAAUGCCUCCAAAGGUGACUUCGGAGCUGCUUAGGCAGCUGAGACAAGCCAUGAGGAGCUCUGAGUAUGUGACAGAACCAAUCCAGGCCUACAUCAUCCCAUCAGGAGAUGCUCACCAGGUCCUUUAUCAUGCAGAAUCUCACUAACUGUGAAAGAAACAGCAGCUCUGUGUUCAAGCAGACCUGGUUUUGGAUCCUGGCCUGCUAUUAACUUAGCGAGUAUAUUGCUCCCUGUGACUGUCGGCGGGCCUUUGUCUCUGGCUUCGAUGGCUCUGCGGGUACAGCCAUCAUCACAGAAGAGCAUGCAGCCAUGUGGACUGAUGGGCGCUACUUUCUCCAGGCUGCCAAGCAGAUGGACAGCAACUGGACACUCAUGAAGAUGGGUCUAAAAGACACACCAACUCAGGAAGACUGGCUGGUGAGUGUGCUUCCUGAAGGAUCCAGGGUUGGUGUGGACCCCUUGAUCAUUCCUACAGAUUACUGGAAGAAGAUGGCCAAGGUUCUGAGAAGUGCUGGCCACCACCUCAUUCCUGUCAAGGAGAACCUUGUCGACAAAAUCUGGACAGAUCGUCCAGAGCGCCCGUGCAAGCCCCUCCUCACACUGGGCCUGGAUUAUACAGGCAUCUCCUGGAAGGACAAGGUUGCAGAUCUUCGGUUGAAAAUGGCUGAGAGGAAUGUCGUGUGGUUUGUGGUCACUGCCCUAGAUGAAAUUGCAUGGCUAUUUAAUCUCCGAGGAUCAGAUGUGGAGCACAAUCCGGUGUUUUUCUCCUACGCAAUCAUAGGACUAGAGACGAUCAUGCUCUUCAUUGACGGUGACCGCAUAGACGCCCCCAGUGUGAAGGAGCACUUGCUUCUUGACUUGGGCCUGGAGGCUGAGUACAGAAUCCAGGUGCUUCCCUACACGUCCAUCCUGAGCGAACUCAAGACCCUGUGUGCCGACCUUUCCCCGAGGGAGAAGGUGUGGGUCAGUGACAAGGCCAGCUAUGCUGUGAGCGAGGCCAUCCCCAAGGAUCAUCGCUGCUGUAUGCCUUACACCCCUAUCUGCAUUGCUAAAGCUGUGAAGAAUUCAGCCGAGUCAGAAGGCAUGAGGCGGGCUCACGUUCCCAAAGGUGGUGUGACAGAGAUCUCAGCUGCUGACAAAGCUGAGGAAUUUCGCAGGCAGCAGGCGGACUUUGUAGACUUGAGCUUUCCAACGAUUUCCAGUACGGGACCCAACGGCGCCAUCAUUCACUACGCGCCGGUCCCUGAGACGAAUAGGACUUUGUCCAUGGAUGAAGUGUACCUCAUUGACUCGGGCGCACAAUACAAGGAUGGAACCACAGAUGUGACUCGGACCAUGCAUUUUGGGACUCCUACAGCCUAUGAGAAGGAGUGCUUCACAUAUGUCCUCAAGGGCCACAUAGCUGUGAGCGCAGCCGUUUUCCCAACUGGAACCAAAGGCCACCUUCUCGACUCUUUUGCCCGUUCAGCUUUAUGGGAUUCUGGCCUGGAUUACCUACAUGGAACUGGACAUGGUGUUGGGUCUUUUUUGAAUGUGCAUGAGGGUCCUUGCGGCAUUAGUUACAAAACAUUCUCUGAUGAGCCCUUGGAGGCAGGCAUGAUUGUCACCGAUGAGCCAGGGUAUUAUGAAGAUGGGGCUUUUGGAAUUCGCAUUGAGAAUGUUGUCCUGGUGGUUCCCAUGAAGACCAAGUAUAAUUUCAACAACCGGGGAAGCCUAACCUUUGAACCGCUAACUUUGGUUCCAAUUCAGACCAAAAUGAUAGAUGUGGAUUCUCUUACAGACAAAGAGUGCGACUGGCUCAACAAUUACCACCUGACCUGCAGGGAUGUGAUCGGGAAGGAGCUUCAGAAACAGGGCCGCCAGGAAGCUCUCGAGUGGCUCAUCAGAGAGACGCAACCCAUCUCCAAAGAGCAUUAAUACCUUCCUGGCUUUUGUUUUUGCAAAAUGCUCUGGGGAAAGGAAGAAAUGUGGCAGAUCCCUGACAUCUUUCCCCUUUCCUCUCCUUUCUCCCUACCUCCCCUUUUUACUUUAGACUCUAAGAAGAACAGAAAUCUUAUUCUCUUUGAUAUUUUCUUGCAGACGCUCAGUCUUUUAUGAUUUUUAAUUGUUGAGAAUGAGCCACGAAUAAAAUUGCUGUACCAGAAAGAGGGUCCCCACAAAGCUGAACACUUGAUAUGAAGAUGCUCUGAGUUCUCUGGCCAGUGAUGGUAAAACGAUGAGUGCUCCAUGACAGUCACGUUCCAGGUGCUAGUACAUCAUUCAUGAUCACCUUAAUGUUCAUGAGACUAUAUUUAUGAUCAGUGAAUAAAAAUGUCAAAACGGUG